AUGGACCACGGCGCGAUGCAAUCCACUCCGUGGAAUAUGAAUCUGGACUAUGCGAUCGACUGGUCGAUUGCCCUGGGGGUACCUGUGGUCCUUUUGACAGUUCGCCACUUGUUUCUGAGUAUUUCACGGGCAAUUGAGGACCGGCGGCAAGGAGGACAGCGUCAUGCCCUCCUAGCGACAGUCGACAGCACAGAGGUGGAUACGGAUGAACUGGAGGUUGACAUACCGACAAGGUUAUCAAAGUCAUCAGCAGCCACUGCGAGGUGGAGCUACAGCCGAAUCGAAAACUGGAUCACCAACAAGGCCUCGGCAACACUAUACCUCGGUUCAGUCGUCCACCUCGUCGCCGGCGCAACCCUGUUCGCCCUCAUCUUCCUCUCCAUCCUCGCCGUCCUCCUCACAUCCAAUGUCAAUCUCAAGCUAAACUCCAAUCGCGCAGGCUACCUCGGUCUCUCCUGUAUCCCCUUCCUCUUUGCCUUCACUGGCAAGAACUCGAUUAUCACUCUCAUGACAGGCAUCUCUCACCACCGUAUCAACCAAGCCCAUCGCUUCUUGGGCCUCUCUCUCUUUGUCCUCAUCUCGGUCCAUAUGGGCUGUAUGAUGAAGUCUUGGUGGCCGUGGAAGGCUCUGCUGGCACAACAGCUGUCAACCCCCAAGGUCCGAUAUGGCCUCGCCACCUACACGACCCUCUGUCUGCUGGUCGUUACAGCAGCUUGGCCGGUUCGUCGGUAUGCCUAUGAGGCGUUUGUUGUCAGUCACUCCCUGUUCUUGGUUUUCUUGGUCCUUGUCGGUCUCCACACUCCCUACGCAAUGCGGUUCACCGCUGCAGGAAUCUUUUUCUACUUGAUUAACGUCCUCACUGGAUGGUGUGUCAAAUCCAAGAUGGCCCUUGCUCAGGCGACUGUCUUCCAAGACCGCUUGACCAGACUGAGGAUGGAUCGGCCUGUUGCUCAUGCACCUGGUCAGCAUAUCUACGUCUGUAUUCCCUCCAUGUCGCUGAUCCAAUGGCACCCCUUCACCAUCUCGAGCUCGGACCAGUCAUCCUUUACAGUUCAUGCGCGCGCUGUUGGUGGAUUCACCAAGAAGAUGUGCCGCUGGCCCGAGAACACUCAGAGACGAGUCAUUCUUGCAGGCCCUUAUGGCGAGAGUGUUCAGGUCGGCCGAAGCUUGGAUAUCCAAAAGGUCGUCUUUGUUGCUGCUGGGUCUGGUUUGGGCUACAUUGUUCCUAUUCUGAUGGACUUUUUGCAGGCUCGUCGGCAGUCCAAGGCCAGCUGCGGUCAUGUUGAGAUUGUCUGGUGUGUCCGUGAUCCUGAUGAGGUGCAGUGGUUCCAAGAGGAGCUUGAAAUGGCUUUGGAUGCAGCUCAGGGAUACCUUGACACGACGGAGAAGGAGAAGGAAGAAGCUGGCCUGAUCGCUCCCGACGGUCCUGAAACACAGCUCAGUCUGACAAUCCAUUAUACCCGCCUGUCGUUUGAGGAUCAAGAGUCCCUGGUAGUACCGACUCCUCCUCACCAAUACGAAGGGUCCUCAACCAGCACGUCUGGUACUGCUACUAUGACUACAGAGGCCAAGAAGGCGCUGAGCAAUGUACCGUUUGCGGGGGAUGAUCGUGUAGAGUGGGUGCAGUCGAGGUUGGAUGUGGGACGGUAUGUGCGCGACCAGAUUGAGGAAAUUGACGGCGACCGUGCGGUGGAUAUUGUGGGAUGUGGACCCCCGUUGAUGCUUGCACAACUGCACAACGUUGUUGCAGCCAACGAGAGUCUGACCGGUUGUCGUGUCAACCUGCACACCGAGCGUUUCUACAUGUAA